AUGGAGUUGCUAUGGAAACUUCUGCUGCUGCUGUCAUUGGUGGAGAGUGCGGCAGGAAGCGCAGUGCUGCUCAGGCCGGUGUUCACCAAACAGCCAGGCAGUGUGGUGUUCCCGCUCAAGCCCGGAGAGGACCAGAGAGAGGUGGUCUUCAGCUGUGAGGCCCAGGGACACCCCCUACCCAGUUACAGGUGGAAGCUGAAUGACUCGUUCAUCUUGCCCCGACCCGGGUCACACUACUCUCUGAUGGGAGGGAACCUGCACAUCAGCCGCCUGAACAAAGAUGAAGACGUGGGCAUCUACCAGUGCGUGGCAUCCAACUCUUUUGGUGCCGUGGUUAGCAGAGAGGCCAGCCUGCAUAUUGCAUACUUGGAGAACUUCAAGACGCAGAGAAGGAAUCCAGUGAGGGUCCGUGAGGGUCAGGGAGUGGUCCUGCUGUGCGGCCCACCACCACACUCUGGAGAGCUAACCUUCACGUGGAUCUUCAAUCAGUAUCCAUCGCUCGUGACGCCAGAUACGCGCCGCUUUGUGUCCCAGAAGACGGGGAACUUGUACAUCGCCAAAGUGGAGCUCUCCGAUGUGGGGAAUUACACCUGUGUGGUCACCAACACCGUCACCAAGACCAGCGUGCAGGGGCCUCCCACGCCACUUAUACUCAGAGUGGACGGUGUGAUGGGAGAGUACGAGCCAAAGAUCGAGGUGCAGUUUCCUGACGUGGUGCCAGUCGCCAAGAGCUCCACGGUCAAACUGGAGUGUUUCGCACUGGGGAACCCUGUGCCAACCAUUAGCUGGAGGAGAACAGACGGAGCAGCCUUUGGACGUAAAGUGGAGGUAAACAAAGACAGUGGCGUCUUGGAGAUCCCUUACUUCCAGCAGGAAGAUGCUGGGACGUACGAGUGCACGGCGGAGAACAGCAGAGGCAGGAACACAGUACAAGGAAAGCUCGUUUUCUACGCUCCACCGCAUCUGACUGAGAAACCCCAGGAUGUCCAGAUGACCAUAGACGAGACGUUGGUAUGGGAAUGCAAAGCCAGCGCCAAGCCAAAGCCAUCGUACAGGUGGCUAAAGAAUGGAGAAGUCCUGGAUCCAAUGGAGGACAGACUCCAGGUGAAUGGCGGAGUGCUGACGAUUAGCAGUCUGAAUAUGGCUGACAUUGGCAUGUACCAGUGCGUGGCCGAGAACAAGCACGGGCGAGUGUUCACCAACGCGGAGCUUCGAGUUGUAGCCAUCGCUCCAGACUUCUCGCAGAACUUGCUGAAGGCCCAAACUUUGGCCCGACUCGGCGGCGACAUCUUGAUCGAGUGCAAGCCUCGGAUGUCUCCUCGGGGCGUCAUUUUGUGGAGGAAGGGCAAAGAAGCGUUGAGAGAAAGCCACAGAGCGCAGGGCUUCUGUGGUGAUGCGGGGGCUGCCACAGAAACGAGCGAGGCACAGGAGAAAUUCCCAAAAGGAAAGAUCAAUGGUUAUCCACUCAACCACUCCAGCGUUCUUGUGUGA